GACUGAUAAAAAUGUUGAAUUUUCAGAUGGUGUGUUUAUUAUUCAGGGAGAUUCAAUGAAUGAUUAUGACAAGAUUGUAAAAUGGAUUGUUAAUAAUAAUAUAUGUUCAUUAAAUAUCUCUGAAGCGAGGAAAAGUAAUUUAUUAGGAACAGAUCUCCGAGUGAAAAUGGAAAUUUUUCAAAAAAUGCAUGAGAAAUGUGCCAAUGAUGAAAUGGUCCUUUUAAAGGAAAAGAUUAAUAUGUUCGAACACAAUUAUUUAUUUGAAAGGUUUAAAGUUAAAUUAGAAAUUGAGACACCUGUGAGGUAUGCAUUACUCUCAGUACAAAAUGAUAUUUCAGGAAUAGACGAAUUGUAUAGUCACGAAUUGGUAGAAAUAAAUAAUAUUGAAUUUUCUGACUUAAAAAAAAUUAACGAAGGAGAAUUUGGAAUCAUAUCUAAAGCAAUAUGGAAAAGACAAAGUUAUCAGUUAGAAAUUACUGUCACUAUAAAAACAUUAAAAAAUGAAUAUGAUAUUGAUAAAUUUAAACAAGAAGUAAGAACUCAUGAUAUUUGA